AUGCCGCCACUCAUCCCCAGGCAGCAACAGGGGUCGGCGGGUGCUGUAACCGUAGCUGGCGCUCCACAUGCUGCAGCUCAACAGAAGCAGGAACAGCAGCAGGUGCUUCCCCAGCAUUCGCAACUGCAGCAGCCGCAGCAGGAGUCAUUUGAGCAGCAGCCUCACGCGCAGCGUCAGCUGCAACAGCAGCAGCAACAUGCGCAAGGGGCUGCUUUCGGGACAUCUGUAGCUGCUGACAAUCUUUUGGAUUCGUUUGACGUAUUUGCCUUCAAUGCGCCGAAGACCCCUCAAAGAACAACCCCAAAGAAUGCGGCAACAAGUAAAAGGAGGGGCGCUGGGCCCCAUAGAAGCAGCACUCCCCUGGCAAAAAGAACCACCUGCAGUCCUUUCAGCCGCACCAACAGCAAUCGCGUGGCAGGCAACGGCAGCACAAGCAGCAGAGGAGAUUCCGGCAGCAGCAAACAGGACAAUACAACCCUUGGUAGCAGCGGAAGCAGCAACAACAACAGCACAAGCAGCAACACGAUGAGCGCGAGUGAGUUGCAGAGGGAAUCGGAGCUAAGUCCUGGAGUGCGGCUGUCUGUGGAGUGGCUGGAGGAAGCGGAAAGGAGACGUGGAUUGAGCAGCGCAGAAGUUGCUGCUGCCUUUCGGUGUCCCCUCUGCCACCAGUUCAGCAUGACCUUUCGUUCGGGCCGUUAUGGCAUGUUUUUGGGCUGCUCUCGAUACCCGGAAUGCCGGGGGAAGGUGAGCGGCGCAAAGGUAGAGAAGUGGCGGUGCUGCACGGGCAGCAGCAGCAGCAGCAACGGAAUUCGUGUCUUCUGCGAGCUUGAGGCCCCACAUGCCUUCAGACUGCAUGCAGCCGGCUGUACAGACACCGGCAUGAUGCUGACAGACGCUCUUCCGCGCAUCAUUCAAAUGGCCGCCAAGGCCUAUGCAACAAAGCAGCGGCAGCACCAGCAGCAAGAAGACAGCUGCAGCAUCCCUGAUUUCUUGAGGCCUCUCUCUUGGUUGCCCCGGAGUGACCGCAUUAAGUCAGAUGAGUCGCUGCUGCGACAAUUCAGCGAUACAGCCAUUGCGCAUGCAGUUAGUGUUGAGGGCGUGGGUUCGUGUGUAUCCGAGACAGCAACAGCAGCACCUCCACCACCAGCGGAAGCAGCAGCUGCUGGAGCGCGCGUGUGUGAGUUGCGGCUUGGUGAGACUCCGAAGCGUCUCCGUUUUGUGGACUGGUCUAGAGGGUGUCUGGAGGCCCCUGCAGACGGGCUCAAGUACAACGACGGUUGCGUCUUUCUAUUGGAAGCGUAUCCGUUUGUCCUGCAGGCUGCAGCUUCCGUUUGCGGCUGGGCAGCUCUGACUCCCAUCCCAUCUCUCACCCUCCGCUUUUUUAAAGAGGUCUGGGGGCCGGGGAAGUUCCUUGUUACUUCGAAGGAAAGAGCGCUGUACGCCGCCUGGUGGCUGCUACCGCCUCGCCUGCGGCAGCAUCUGCUGCCUUUUCAGUGGGAAGGUCUCGCCUACGCGUUGCAGCGGGGAGGUCGUGCGAUCAUAGGGGACGAAAUGGGGCUUGGAAAGACCGUUCAGGCCAUUGCAUGCAUUGCGGUCUACCGACAGUUCCCGUGUCUUAUAGUCGUACCUGCGUCGAUGCGCUUGGCUUGGGCCGACGCGCUGGAGGAGUGGCUGCCGGAGUACAGCGGGCCUCCGAACUUGCGGGUCUUGUUUGCAAGUGGGGAUCGUCCGUCUCCAGGGGAGCAGCAUUUGAUUUGUUUGUCUUCUUUCGAGAUGGCUGCCCGGCUGUACGAUACUCUCAAGGCGACGCAGUACAAACUUGUGAUUGUUGAUGAGGCCCACAAGCUCCGAGGCCCAGCUAUUCCACGGCCUGCACCCUACACGGCCUCAGAAGCAGCAGCUGCAGCUGCAGCUGCAGCAGCAACGGCAUCAACAGCUGCUGCAGAAGUCACAAAACUUUCAGGGGAAAUAUCAGAUGACCGUGCCACCGCAGCCAUCCAGUCAGCUGCUGCUGCUGCUAGUACUGCUGCUCCCGGCAGUGAAUCCGUAGAUUUUCCAACGCCUCAGCAAUCCCAGCAGCAGCAGCAGCAUCCGUCGCCGCGGUCCCCCCGAAAACAAAAAAACUGGAGACCGCCCGAUGGCGGCCAGGAGGUGAACAAGAAGGUCUUAGACCUCGUAAAGGGCAGUCGCCACGCGUUGCUGCUAUCGGGCACUCCUUCCGUAAAGUUCCCAGCCGACCUCUUUCCGCUAGUCGAUGCUUUGCUGCCGCCGCUAGAGCAGGAUGCAGCAGCGGAAAGGAGGCAGCAACAGCUGUUCCAGUGGCGGCAACUCGAGCUGGCCGCUGCUGAGGCAGCGGCUGACACUCAUGCCGCUGCUCGUGCUGCUGUUGGUGCUACUGCUGCUCUGGCUGAAGACGCAGAAGCAUCGGAGGUGGAAGGAAAAGGGGAGUGCACGGCUCAGACAGCAGGAGGAGGCUGUGUCUCUAGUGGGAUCGUUCGAUCCCCGUGGUCGGAGGCAACAAUGGCGUGGAGACAAGCAGCAGCAACAGCAGCAAACGUUACUGCAGGUGUUCAGGCUGAAGCGUUUGGAGAGCCUUUGGACCCUGCUGUCGUCUCCGUCCCUACGAUGCGCGAAAAGGAGACACUUGCCUCCUUUGCGGAGGGGGGACAGGCCCGGCGACGCGUUGGUAACAUACUCAGAGAGGAGCGACUGCAGUUUGCUGAAGAGUACUGCUGCUCUUCACGAGCCUUCGGCUCGUGGAGGAGGUUUGGUGCCUCUCUUCGGAGUUGGGAGUUACACUUGCUGCUCACGCGGGCCGUUCUGGUACGCCGACGAAAGACUCUUAGGGACCCGGCCCGAACGGGGCCCCCAACGGGGGACCCCCAGUUGCCCUCACAAAAUGCUUCUCAGGGGAUAUCUCAGGGCAGCACAGAGGGGCCCCCUGGCGAACAAGAUGAGUUGCGCUACAGGCAGCACGAAGAGGGACAGAAAUCCGUGGAGGAAGGGUAUUCUUAUUUGCAUGCUGCGGGACAGGCUCUUGCAAAGGCUUCCUUGGGAGUCCCCCUGGCUCCCUCGAAGGAGUGCGCGACGCGAGCGGAGAGAGAGGCUUCAGCGGCUGAGUCCGAGAACUCCUUUAAAGCUGUCUCUUUGUCUCCUCUUCAGGGACUCCCGCUAUCGGUACAGGAAGUAGAGCACCUUGUGGAGGGACUGCCUUGGGCCUCCCAGGCUUCCGGCGACUGUGACGCGCUCGUGCUGCCGCCCUGCACGCGCAUUGUGCAGCUGCUGCUGCUGCACUGCAACAGCAAACUCCUGACAGCCAUGGGGGAAGGCCUGCUGCUGCGGAAACCGGCAUUCCACUCGUUGCUACGCGAAGCAGAAAGGGCUACUGCAGAUUCCUCUGAGAGCAGCAGCGGCGAUAGUGACUUUGGCCUGGGCAUGAAUGUGCCAUUUGCUGUCAGUGAAUGUGCGUCUGUCUUCUCCAUGUUGCUCGACGCUCGCAUCUCGCUCUUCGUGGGGCCGCCUAGUUCCUCCGACAUCGCAGGCAUCGCCGCCCAGUUAACGCGGCGGCCCCCUGCAACGCCCGCCGAGCGCGCGGGGCUUUGCAAAGUCCUGUCUGCUGCGGAUUGGCUGCACGAAAAGUUCUUGAGAGACACAUCGUUUGUCUCAUCCUGGCCCGAAGACGAGGCGCCGCCGAAAGUUGUGGUCUUUGCCCACCACCGACGCGUGUUGGACGCUUUGGCGGCUAGGCUCAGGGAACUGCGCUUGGGGUGUAUGAACACUGCGGGGCAAUUAUCUGAGGGAACGCGCAGGCGCCACGGUUUCGUGCGCAUCGAUGGGACAGUCCCUGAGGAGGAGAGAAGGAGACGACGCCGCCUCUUUCUUAAGGACCCGGCAUGCACGGUGGCGCUUAUUUCAAUUACUGCAUCUUCACACGGGUUGGACUUUUCCGGGGCCUCUGUUUGUGUCUUCCUGGAAUUGCUGCCGCAGCAGCACGAGCUGUUGCAGGCAGAGUCGCGCCUGCACCGUAGAGGCCAGCGGCGGGUGGUGACGACGUAUUUCUUGCUGAGUCGCUGUGACCCUUCUGAAGCAGCUCCUUGCAAUGGAUCUUCACAAGAAGCUGUCUAUGCCUCCUCCCCAGUCUCCUGCCCUGUCUCUCGCGACCCGCUCAGUGAGACAACAGUGGCUGGAGGCGGACAGGAGGAGACGGAUAACCCGUCUGCAGAAGAAGGGGAGGAGUUGUUGCUGAACGCUUCUCCCUCCCGGCCCCUCAGCUGCCCCAGCAGACUCAGCGGGCAGUCCUUCCCUGCCUGCUUCUCCAAAAUAGGGACACAGGCCAGCAGCAGGGAGUUCCGCAAGGAGUUAAGAAAGUGCUGCCUCCAGCUCUUGCAGGAGGCCGAGGCGGUCGAAGAAGCUGCCUGGCACAGAAUUCGGUAUCAGUCCGCUUUGGUGCAGCGCACCAUAGACGGACCACUCGCUGCGUUAUCCCAGAUUGGGGAGCAGCAGCAGGAAGCACAGCAACAGCAGCAGUGGCAGCCGCAGCAGGAAGAGAGCCUGACUUCUGUAUGCAGCUCGAGCCAAGAAGACGAAGAUGACAGGCCCGCGGCCAGCGACAGUCAGCAGCAGCAUCAACUGCAGCAACAGCUGCAGCAAAAGGAGGGUCCUCCUGAGGGUCUCUGCACCUCUGGCGUGUAUAUGUGGUGCUGCGACAGCCAUCCCGGAGAUCAAAAUGGCAUCAUCUUGCCAACUGCACCUACAGGAAGGGGCGAGGGUGAAGGUAAUAGCGAAACCGCUCUGCUGCGGUCUCCUCAGCAGCUGCCAAAACCCACAGUGUGGCCGCCUUUGAGGAACCUAGAGGAGCCUUUGGUUGUGGCAGUGUCUAGAGGUGUCCGGUUUCGUAUCUCAAGGUACACCCAGCGCCUGCAUGCGUUUACAGGUGCCGCACCCGUCCCGUUGGGUGUCUCCUUCUCUCCUGCUGAGUUGGGCACAGCUAGCUUGUCACAUAGUGUUGCGGGUGCGCAGCAGCAGCAGGAGGAUCUGCAUCAAAAAGGCUGGCGGCAGCAGCUGCUGUUCCAGCUGCAAAAUGGUUGCAUGCAGUGUCCGGAGGGGGAAGUGGUACGGUGUGUCCAGGAGGCGGCUCGAGAGUACUUGAGCCUUUUCCGUUUGCUGUCGUCUUUUGAGCAGCGCCGAGUGAGAGAGACUACUUGGACGGUGGAGAACCUGCAGAUGUACAUACGCCAUCGCCACCGCGCGCAGCAACAAAGCAGCGGAAGAGUAGACUCCCUCUUAGGGUCAGAUCUUCAUGAGGAGGGAAGCCCAAGGAGCGCUGCUAAGCAGGAGCAGCAGGCGACAGCUGCACCGGCAGUACUGAUGCCACGCCACACAACGGACCCCCUUCUGCUUCUCCAGUCAGCAGCAGCAACCCAGCAGCAGCAGCAACAAGAGUUGCAACAGCUAUUCUCUUGUAUUGAAGGGGAGGAGAUGGCUGGUGGAGUACUGCAGCCAGGAACUGUCCCGCUUGGUUUGAGCAGCAACAGCAGCAGUGACAUGAUGCAGAGCACCAACGCCAGCAAUAGCCGGUCAUCGGAGGCAGAUGAAGACAUCCCUUCCGGCAUUGUCUCCUCGCGGUACUUCUCAAGCCAAGCUGCAUUGUUUCCCAGGGCUCUUGGUCCGGUGGAGGGGUUUGCACUCUCAACUGCUAGCACUAAACCGCCAGGUGGCCCUAUAUCUUCUCUUGAAGAUAGAGAGAGCCGCCGUCAUGUGGUGCUGGUCCCUGUUAUUCUCAGCACCCCAAAGGCAGCUGGGGGUAAUGGCGGGGCGGGGGCGGCGCCUAAACAUCUGCAACCUUUUUCUCUGGAGUUGCAAAAGGUACUAUGUGUCUCUUGCAUGCAGCCGAUCUCAGCUGUCAGCACAACGCGCACUUUCUUGCGCGUCGAGGUGUUCGAAGAUACCCAAUCAUGUGGCGCUCAGGGGCAGUUAGCUAGGAUAAGCGGGAUGGAUGCAGAAGACGGAAACACGAGAGAGAGAUCGCUCGUCCCUGCUUCCGCGCAUCCAACAGAACCGAGUGCAGAAACGCAGAUGUUUUGUGCAGCACCAGGCGGGCCGAAGAGAAGGUCCGAAGUCAUGACGGCUCCGCAGAACUUUGCAAAUGAUUCCAAGCAGCAGUGGCUCAUUCGAUGCUGUGAACAGGACCUCACGUGCAGCGGCCGCUGCUCCGACGCCUACACUGCGAGGAGGCGGAGGCAGGCACUGAGGAGGCAGGUGGAAAGACAUGAUCAAGGCGUCUGCAGCAACUGCAGGUUGGAUUGUUGGGAACUGCUGAUGGCCUUAAAAAUGUUGCAUGCAGCAGGAGAGCCCCAGUGGCGGGUUGAGGAGGAAGUGGUUCGUCUUGCCCCCAGCUUCCGCAGGUGGCCAUCUCUCAUUCGAAAGCUUGCACGCCACCUCACAGCAAACUGCGCCUGGGAGGCGGACCACAGGCAACCCGUGAAGGAGGGUGGAGGCUUGGCGACGGUGGACGCUGUGCAGACUCUCUGCAAAGCAUGUCAUCUGGAGAAGACCAUUGAAGAAAGGAGACGGCGGAAACGCCGUUUCAUUGACACGAAUCCUGGAAGGGAGCAACAGGGGAACAACGCUCGCUGCAGUGCAAAGAAGAACUGUUUCUGGAUAUGCGCAGGGAACGAACUGCAAAGGAUGCCUAAGGUGAAUAUUGCGGAAACGGAAUCUGAGAAGUGA